AUGAACGGUCUUCCUAUCUCUCCAUUCAUAGCCCAGCUACCAAAGGUAGAACUCCAUGUGCAUAUCGAGGGUACUCUCACGCCAGCUCUACGUUGGAAGCUAGCCCAUCGCAACAACAUCACUCUGCUUUACGCCACUUUCGAUGGGUUCAAGGCUUCAUAUGCCGUCACAUUGAACCAUCGGCCUGAAUUGAAUGGCCGCCAGCCAGGCGUACCAACUUUCCUCGAGGCAUACUUCGCAGGAUGCGAAGUUCUCCGAACCGAGGCCGACUUCUAUGAUCUCGCAAUGGCUUAUCUGCGCCGCUGCGCGGAGAUGAACGUCCGCUACGCUGAGCCUUUCUUCGACAUCCAAGCACAUACGCGUCGUGGGGUGCCUGCAUCCGCGGUUCUUGAUGCUUAUUUACACGCGCAGCGCAAUGCAGCGCAGCAAUUUGGAGUUCGGUCACGCUGGAUCCUGUGCUUCUUGCGAGACGAACCCGUCGAGCAAGGGUUAGCGGCAUACAUUGAGGCUAGACCAUGGGCUGCGGGUACUGUUGAGGGUGGAAAAGGUCUGUUCCAUGCUGUCGGUCCCGCAAGCAAUGCAUACGAGAGGCCACCAAAGCUGUUUGAAGAAGGAUUUGCACUCGCUCGAGCGGACGGGUUGCAUUUUACUAUGCACUGCGACUUUGGACAGAAAGAUACCUAUGCGCACAUCACCGAAGCGAUCUUUCAUGUCUGCAAUGGUCGGGGAUCGAGCGGAUCGAUCACGGACUGGACGCCGAGGAUCGAGAGGAGCUGUGGCAAGGUUUGA